UUCAAAGAGAUGAAAAUGACUAUUUUGAUAUAAAAACUAAGAAGUUUUUCCAUUUUUGGUAUAAAAACGCAAACGUGCCGUUCGUGUGGCAUUAUACGAAGGUUAAAACAGUCAUUCCGCUCACAAUAUAACCCAGUCACUUUCCCGCUUAUGAAAUACCCAUCUGCGUUCAUACAUGGCCUUCACAGAAAAGCAAGGAAUCAACGUUGUAGAGUAAUCAUGGAGAAUUCUUCCAUAGGAGGUAGCGCACAAGCUUCACUGCAAUACGGAAACUAUGAAUGGGAUAUUGGUUUGUUAGGUGAGUAUAUCAUUGAGGAGAACUCUGUACUGAGAGAUGAGUAUGGAGGAUUUGAAGAUUUUACACUCACCGACAAUGCUCUAGCAACAUGGCACAACACCCUUGAAGUGCCAAGGGUGUCCAGAAGAUCCUACGAACAUAAACAAACUAGUAAGUAAUCUGAUAUGAAAAAAUAUGAAAUGAUUUCUUAAUUCUGAUGAGAAGCAUUAAUACUUUAAUUUUUGUUUGUCUUAUGUGCAGAGUAAGGCGAGAAAAAGAGUAAGAAGGGGGGGGGGGGGUCUUCUGAGGCAACAGUUGAUGCAAACCCUGAGUAAACAGAGAAGAGAGUGAACACUGGUGCAGC